AUGGUUGCCUCAAGUUCUUCUGGAUCCAACUCUAAGUCCACAGUUUCCGCCCAACUUUCAUCGACUCUAAAAGAAGCUGAAGAAAGCUUGGCUAUGAUAGUUGGGUUCAUGAAAUGUUAUAAUGCAUUACUGGCAGGAGAUUUGGCACCUCCAAUCUUGAGCAAAGAAGUUUACUCAGCGCACAUGAAAGAAUUGGUUAAAUUUGGAAAUUCUUCGUUUGAGGUUGUUGAUGAUUCUGAUUAUGAUGAUGCUAAUGAUGAUGUUGAUGAUUCUGAUGAUGAUGAUGAUACUAAUGAUGAUGUUGAUGAUUUUGAUGAUGAUCAUAGUGAUAGUGAUGAUGAUAGAAUGGAUUUUUGUAUGUAUGUACCACCGAAAGAGUCGAUCAAUAAGGAUGUGGAUACUCCAGAUGAGACAGAAAAGGAUGUCAAUAUCUUUAAGCAGUCAAAUGAUCCCACACCCAAACAGAUGGAUGAUCUCAUUGCUCAACUACAGCCGGGAGUGCUUUCUAUUGAGCCAGUACAACAUCCCUCUCCAAUUGCUGAGCCCAUUCAAGUUGAUCAUGAUGAUCAAAGUCCGAUUAUUGAGCCCACUCAAGUUAUUCAAGAUGUUCAAAGCCCAAUCAUUGAAACAGCCCCAGUCCAAGAAGAUGUUCAAAGUCAAAUGUCCAAAGGAAAAGGAAUAUCUAUUGGAUCCAAUCAAGGAGGUGAUGAAGACUCCCAUCAAACCGUCUCUGAGCUUAAACAAAAGAUUGUGCUUUUGAAGCAGGAAUCCAUUGAAAAGGAUUUUCUGAUUGGUAGUCUGAAUGUGAGAGUUUCUAACCUUCAACAGGAGAACUCUGUUAAAGAUGCAAAGAUUUCUAAACUUCAAGCAAAUCUUGGUGGUAUAACUGCUUUAUUCUUUUACCAGAAGAAAUGUUUACAUCAGAAGUUUGGUGAUGAUUUUCAACCUUUAAGUGCUAAAGGUGAAAAGAUUUCUGUAUCUAGCUAUGAUCUAGUCAAUCCACCCUCUGAACAUGUGAGUGAAAGACUUGUUAUACCUACUCCGGACGUGAAUCUUGACACUCUUUUAUCUUUUGGACCUUCUUUUGCUCAAGAAAGAAGUGAGAAACAAGCACGAAUUGAGCAGUCGAAAGGGAAGAUGUUGGUGAUGAAACAUUUGGAUCAGAAUGGUCCAGGAGAUCACCCUGAAAUGUUUUUAAGGGAAACUGGGAAGAAAUUUACUGACAAGUAUGGAGAUCGCUCGGGCAUUUUGAUGUAG